UUCCUCAUUCCCAAACUCAAAAUGGGUCACGACUGUCCAGUGUGCGGCAAGAAGAAUAAGUCGGCGUCCAAGCUGACUGUGCACCUGCGGACCCACACGGGGGAGAAGCCUUUUGAGUGCACGGUUUGCAACAAGAAGUUCAGCCAACGUGGCCAGCUCAAACCGCACCUCCGAAUCCACACAGGAGAGAAGCUCUUUGAGUGCAUGGUUUGCAACAAGAGGUUCAGCGAAGGUUGCGACCUCAGAAAGCAUCUCCGGACCCACUUAGGAGACAAGCCCUUUGAGUGCACGGUCUGCAACAAGAGGUUCAGCGAAGGUGGCGACCUCAGAAAGCAUCUCCGGACCCACACAGGAUACAAGCCCUUUGAGUGCACGGUUUGCAACAAAAAGUUCAUCGAAAGUGGCAAGCUCAGAGUGCAUCUCCGGACCCACACAGGAGACAAGCCCUUUGAGUGCACGGUCUGCAAAAAGAGGUUCCUCCAUGGUGGCAAUCUCAGAGUGCAUCUCCGGACCCACACAGGGGACAAGCCCUUUGAGUGUACGGUCUGCAAUACGAGGUUCCUCCAUGGCGGCAAUCUCAGAGUGCAUCUCCGGACCCACACAGGAGACAAGCCUUUUGAGUGCACGGUUUGCAACAAGAAGUUCAGCCAAGGUGGCAGCCUCAGAAAGCAUCUCCGCACUCAGAGAAGGAAAUUCUUGUAA